AUGGGUUCAACAAAGUUCACCAAUCCUUAUGCUGUCGAAGUGAUCCAGACCAAGAAGAAUGAGCUAGUUGGUGGCAUCUCCAACACCGAGGACUUGCUGGACCUUCUCGUCGCCAAUGGAGUCCUUCUACCUGAAAGCAGAGUUCUUGUGUCCAGCAUCACAGCACAAGACGAGAAGAACUCCAGGAUGCUCAGCAUCCUGGUAUCGCGAGGAGAACGGGCAUGCCGAAUCUUCUUUUACCCCUGCCUGAAGAGUGCCGAACCUGAUCUGUACCAGACCAUGAAGGCCUACGUAGGAGGGCUGAACCAAAACAUUAAGGACACACGAAGGCAACUGAUUGGGUAUCUUCUAGAGAAAGAUGGACAAGGGAAAAGGAAAAACAUACAGAGCAAGAAUACCGACCCUCUCAAUGAGACAGUAAAGUAUAAAUCAAGAAAGUCUGAGGUGCCCACCAUGUUAAGAUUACAGAAAAACUCUGUGAAACCAGAGGACACAUCGAAUGCCAUUCUCAAAGCAGUGUCUACAGGUGAUGUAUCCCUGUUACGGGAACUUCUAAAAGGCACGAACAUCAACAACAGAAGUUCCUCUGACACCCUCCUACACACUGCUGCACAACACGGUCAAGUGCAGGUUAUAAACUUUUUGCUCCGUCACGGAGCCAAACUGGAUCAGAGGGACCACCAAGGUCGCACUGCCCUACACAGGGCUGCAGAGGCUGGCCACACAGCUGCUGCAGUCACCCUUGUUAGAGCUGGAGAAGACAUUCAUGCCAAAGACAAGGCCUCCAAAACUCCCCAACAUCUAGCAGCACAAAAUGGUCAUGAGGACACUGUCAGAGCCCUGGUGGAGGAGGAAGCAAGAAGCUUCAAGAACCAGACUACAUUCCUGCACAUGGCUGCGGUGGAGGAUGACUCGGAACUGACAGGCAUUCUGCUGCGGAAUGGAGCAUCCGUAGACGUCCAAGACAGCCAAAGGAAAACGCCAUUAUUUCAUGCCAUAAGCCGUGGAAAUGAGAACACAGCUGCUGUGCUGCUUCAGGCAGGUGCCCAGGUGAAUUCUGGAAUUAUGGAGGCAGCGUUUGACCUGAACAGGAAGUCAGUGCUGUCUCUGCUUCUGAAGAACAUCAAGAACACAAUGUCUCAAAAUGAGAUAAAGUCUGUUCUGUUUAAAGCAACAAAGAGAAACCUGGAUGGGGUUGUGGCUGCCCUCAUCGACAGUGGAGCAGAUGUUAAUGCGUGCGAUGACCUGGGCUACACACCACUGCUCCUAGCCACAGAGCUGAGGAACGUGGAAGUCUUUAAAGUACUGGUCUCUAAGAAAGCCCAGUUAGAUAAGAGGCUACCUAACCAGACCUCUGCUCUUCAUCUGGCCAUUCAGAGUGGCAGUAUGCCACUAACACAGAUAUUACUGGAUAAGGGCCUGGAUCCCAACAGCAUUGGCCCCAAAGACCAGACACCUUUGCAUUUUAGUGCCCUGCACAACCAGCCUACUCUAAUGGCCUUACUGCUUCACAAAGGGGCUCAAGUCAACUCUGUCACCCAGGAUGGCCUGACCGCUCUCCAUCUUGCUAGCCAGAGUGGACAUACAGAGGCAGUGGCCCAGCUGUUGGAGGGAAGAGCAGAUGUCCAUACUCAGGACAAACAGGGCAGGACAGCUCUACACUGGGCAGCAAAUCACGGUGAGGCCAACAUCAUAAAGCUCCUCCUCUUUGCUGGAGCCGAUGCUAACCAUGCUGAGAAGGAGAGGAAGACUCCAUUACACCUGGCAGCGAUGGCAGGGCACACCGACGCUGUCUCGACCUUGUUGGCUGGGAAAGCUAAAUGUGGAGCUAAAGACAUGGAUGGCUGUUCAGCUCUGCAUUAUGCUGCCCGAAAUGGGCACAAGAGCGUGGCUGCUGCUCUCCUAGCCUCUGGGAGAAUUAAGAACGUGGAUGAUAGGAAUGUAUGGAGGAGGACACCUCUACAUUUAGCUGCAGAGCAUGGGCAGGAGCUCCUGGUGGAUCUGCUGCUAGAGAAACAAGCCAAGAUCAACGCCAUCGACAACAACAAAGACACGCCAUUGCAUUCGGCCUGUCGCGCAGGGCAUCUAGGCACCGUGCAGAGAUUGGUAAACUGGACUCAGGGCCAGAGAGCAAACCUGCAAGCUACUAACAAUGUGAAGAAAACAGCCCUGCAGGUAGCGGAGACUGAGGACACUCUGAACCAUCAGAGCAUUGCUACACUGCUAAAGAAGAAGAUGUUUCUCAUCAAAUGAAAAAAGAGAUGAUUACAACUCUAUAGUCAGUGCAUAUCUCACAUAUUUUAAGGCAGCUGGAGUGUGGGCUGUGUUGAUUUAUUAUUUUGUUAUAAAAUAUAUUGUGAUAAUAUACAUUUAGACCAUAAAUG